GAACACAAACUAAUCCUUUUAAUCACUCAGGUACAGAACAAGCAGAGAAACUUCCCACCACUCCUCGUCUCAUUAAAACACAUCUACCGGUCCAGUUUGUACCACAGUCGUUCUGGGAGCAGCGCUGCAGGAUAAUCUAUGUGGCCCGUAAUGCAAAGGACAAUGUAGUGUCUUAUUUCCACUUUUCACGCAUGAACAGUGCCCUGCCAGAACCAGGAGACUGGAGCACCUAUCUGCAGGAGUUUAUGGAGGGGAAGAGGACUUUUGGGUCGUGGUAUGAUCACGUGAACAGCUGGUGGGAGAAAAAGGAGACUUAUUCAAAUCUUCAUUACAUGUUCUAUGAAGGUUUGAUUGAG